UCGUUUGUAAAGAGUCGAGCUUAACACGGCAACUUCAAGCUGUAUGCAAGAACGAAUAUUUGUACUCCUAAAUAUCUACAUCAUAACUGCCUCUAAACUUGGAAAGCAAGCUGUGCAUUAUCUUGUCUUGACAACUAUUUGGCAAAUUCUAUUCUUGCACGAGCGAUUUUCAAAGGAACACGAACGCCGAUAUUUUACAGAACGUUAAGUGAUUUGAAAGAUCGAAUGUUCAAAGUUUGGAGCCAUCAACUAGUAAAAGUUGCCCAAAAUAAUUUGCCACGUAUCAACUCAAAGGACGAAGCCAUUUGACGCUUAACUUAUCAGAACGUCAAGAUAUCUGAAAUAACGAAUGUUCAAAGCUUCAACCGUCGACCAGUAAAAGAUCUUGCAUGAAAUGGAAGCAACUUCUUCAAGACUUUAUCAAGAAACAAGUGAAGCCAGUAGUAAACGUCGCAGCCCUAAUAUUGACGAAAAACAGUUUCCGAAGUGGAAAUGCUCUGACAAAUCAACAAAGCACAAAAACCUGUUGCUAAAGUUGAUAGAAUAUGGACGUAAUCCCAAUGUGAAGCUUGAAAAUGUGGGCGAUGUACGUGUAAUUUUCUCAGACGAGUUUUGCAUCGGCAAAGGAAAUAAUGAAACCCGUGUUUAUCUUGGACUGACAAAUGAUGGCCACGGUAAAGCAGUGAAACGAAUGCGUAUAGAUAACUACCUCCAGCCUGCACAGCAUGAAAAGAAAAUUUUAAAUGAAUUCAAUGCAAAAAAGUCGAAAUAUGUUGUGAAUUAUUCUUUCCUAGAGGAAAAGAUUGGAACAGAGUAUGUAUAUUUGAUAUUAGACUUAUGUGAAGAAUCAUUGGAGAGUUUCGUAGAAUCUUCUACUUUGGAAGAUCUUCAAAAAGCUCUUCCCGAAAUUCUCAGACAAAUUUUGCAAGGAUUAGCUGAUCUUCAUAGUGGCGAAAAUCCUAUUAUUCAUCGGGACUUAAAGCCCAGCAAUGUUCUCCGAGACACACAAGGCAACUUUCUGAUAGCUGACUUUGGCAUUAGUCGAAUAUUGAAGAAUGAUUCUUCGACAUAUGAAAGCAGUCCUAACAAAGGAACGGAGUAUUGGAUAGCUCCAGAAUCAUAUUGCGAAAAUGAUGAUUCUGUUGAUAAAGCGCGUUACAAAAGAAGGUCUGAUGUAUAUAAUGCAGGGAUGGUAGCUUAUUAUGUUGCAACAAAAGGGAAACAUCCUUUUGGAAAUAAACGGCAUAGAUUGGACAAUAUGUUAAGUGGAAAACCUGUUGGCUUGGAUGAAAUCAAGGAUGAAACAUUAAAAGACCUUCUGUCGUGGAUGUUGAAACUACAACCAGAAGAAAGACCAUCUGCCAACGAAGUCUUGAAACAUCCAUUUCUUAUGUCGAAUGACGAGAAAUUUCACUUUUUAUGUAAAGUUGGUGACAUACAGUCGAUUAAAACAAAUGAUCCCCAAUCUAAUAUCGUCCAACAAUUGAAUAUUGAAUCUUCAAAUUGGAAAAGUCAAAUGGAUAACGAUGUUUAUGAAUAUUUGGUAAAUGGAAGAGAGUAUAAAUCUUCAUGGGCAGAAUGCUUAAAGCUCAUUCGAAAUAUUGACCAGCAUUGGAACGAUCCACCACGACCUCUACCACAACCAGAACCAUUUUAUAAGAUUGAUGAUUACAGGGCGUAUUUUCUUAAAACGUUCCCCAGUCUUCCUGUUCGUUUACAUGCAGCUGUCAGGUCAAAUGAAGAAUUGAAAAACAAACCAAAACUUAAGGAAGAGUGGAAAUACAUUGAGGAAUCAACGAAACAUAGAGAAUUGCUUUUAAAGUUGAUUGAAUAUGGACGCAAUCCCAGUGUUGAGGUUAAAGUGGUGGGCAAUGUGCGUGUAAUAUUCUCAGAAGAAUUUUGCAUUGGUGAAGGAAGUGAUACAACCCUUGUUUUUCUUGGACUGGGUAAGGAUGGUUACGGUAAAGCAGUGAAACAAAUACAUCGACAUCAAUUUAUCCAGCUUGCACAUCACGAAAAGAAAAUUUUAAAUGAAUUCAAUGCAAAGAAGUCGAAAUAUGUUGUGAAUUAUUUCUACUUAGAAGAAGAGACUGGAACAGAAUAUGUUUAUUUGAUAUUAGACUUAUGUGAAGAAUCAUUGGAGAGUUUUGUUAAGUCUUCUACUUUGCAUGAUCUUCAACAAGCUCUUCCUGAUAUUCUUAGACAAAUUUUAAAAGGAUUAGCUGAUCUUCAUAGCGGCCCAAAUUGUAUUCUACAUCGGGAUUUGAAGCCUUCCAAUGUUCUGCGAGACUCAAAAAGCAAAUUUCUGAUAGCUGACUUUGGCAUAAGUCAAAUAAUGAAGAAUUACCCUUCAACAUAUAAAAGCAGUACUUCCUUAAGAAUUGCACAUUGGAUAGCUCCUGAAUCUUAUUGCGAAGAUGGUGAUUCAGUAAAUAAAGCCCGUUACAGUAGAAGGUCUGAUGUAUAUAAUGCAGGGAUGGUAGCUUAUUAUGUUGCAACAAAAGGAAACAUCCUUUUGGAACUAAACUAUAUAGACUGAUCAACAUGUUAAAUGGAAACCCUGUUGGUUUGGAUGAAAUCGAGGAUGAAACACUAAAGGACCUUCUGUCGUGGAUGUUAAAUCUAAAACCUGAAGACAGACCAUAUUCUAACGAAGCAUUAAAACACCCGUUUCUCAUGUCAGAUGAUGAGAAGUUUCAAAUGUUAUGUAAAGUUGGGAACCUUCAACAGAUUAAGACAAAUGAUCCCCAGUCAAGUGUCGUUCAAAAAUUGAAUAGCGAAUCCGUAUAUUGGAAAAGUCAAAUGGAUUGGAAUGUCUAUGAUUAU